AUGUCUGUGUUCAAAAAAGAAUUUUACGAUGACGAGUCUAUAGAGCUCCCCGCAGAUCUGGAAGAACGAUUUUCGGAAGUACAAAAAGGUCAUGCUGCCUUGACCUCUGAGGCAUUAAGAGGAUCCCAGGAUGCCCAGAAUGCUAUUGAUGAUGCCAUCCAAAACGGAGUUGUAUCCCUGCACAACAGAGAUAGGUUAACCUAUGACGGGAACAGACUGUUGAGAGGUAUGAUGAACAACUUCCUGGGCCUGGUUUAUGUUGGCAGUAAGGAUUCGGCCAAACUGACAGAAGGUCAGAUGAACAAUGUGAAGACCAAUCUCGAGAUCAUUGAAAACAAAAUGCAAAGCAAGUCAGAAAGAUGGAGAUCCUUCUUCGAGGACACCGAAAAUCCAUUGGUAGAGCUUGAGAUUGGGACGAAGCCUUUACUGGAAAGUCUCAAAGGUGAUGGUAACUCUCGUAAGAAGCCAGCGGAGUUGACAGCUUGCUGGGCUAUCAAGCAUACUAUCGAUGAUUUACUGUCUGAUCUGGAAGUCAGGAGGUCUAUGAGCGAAUUCUUAAGCAGAUCGAAUGCUCAGCAGUUGGAAAUGGGGCAAACCCUUAGAAGACUCACGACGAGGCCUUUGAGGAGUUUAAAGAAACUAAAUUCAUUAGAACGUGCUAUGGAAAUGAUGACGGAUUGGAAAGAAGACUACGCUCGAUAUCUCCGAGCCUCUCAGGCUAUUGGCAAUACUCUCAACGGAUUGUACCCUAAACUCUCAGAGGAAGAGAUUCAGAAGGGUCGAUCUUUUGCUGACGAGUUCCGUCAAGGGUCUCAGGAAUUUGUCGAAAACCUGGAACAUGAACACCUCAUGGGAAUAUGUGGAUACCGAGAGUUACCUCUCGAACUGGUCAACAAAUAUGGUGAUGAUGAGGAAACUGACGAGAAAGUUAGAGCCGCGGACGAUCAAGUUGUCACUAUCUUACGGGCGACCCGACUGGACGAUCUAAGGUCUUUCGACAAGAAAUUGAAGAUCGGUUGGGCGAAUGAUGAGGACACUGCCAAGAAUGAUGACGAUACAGACGAUGAAGAUACGACGAGGAGAAAGACCGGCGAAUCGCCAGUCGUGCGUGUCUUACCUUGUCGUGAGGGUACACCCGCUGUGGUGUUCUUAGCGGAGGAUUUGGGAAAGAGAGCGAGAAAAAUGAACUAUACCUUGAACAUCACAGAUAACCCGAGUCGAUGUAUUUCUGACAUGAAGAUCCUGAUCCAGGAAGGUACGGCAGUGGCUCAAUCAGCCACAAAGCAAUGUAACUCCUUCAUAUGUUCCGACCGUUCACUGAAAAGCGUUUUACCUAAGAACGAAUACCGGAGUCUGGAUGAACUGCAGGGAGCUGUCUCUUUGCUGGGAACAAGAUCAAAGAAGAAAUCUGGAUUGAAGCUGGUUCAUCAUGAACUCAAAGACAUGUAUAACCAGUUGUCGGAGACUGUGUCAUCAUGCAGAACGGAAAUCAUUGAUAACACUGAAAGAUUAAUAUCGGAAGCUGAAGCCGGAGCGAGAUAUAUCGAAGAGAGUAAUCUCACAGAGAUGUAUCCAAAUGAUCGAUUAGUGAACCUAGCUGAAGAAGCAUUUUCAGCAAAAUCUAAAUUGGAUUUGAAUCAUCUUUACAGACUUAAGAGCAUGAUCUCAGGGAACGUGCUUGAUUCGGAAGGUAAACCUCUACCUCACAUGUCGAGAAAGACGAGGUUCAGUCUGCAACGAAAAUAUGAUAGUUACAAGAAGGUCAUGAGCAAAACUCCGUUCAAAGAUGUACAAAGCAUUUCCGACCUCGAGUUCACCCUUGAAGAAAUGGGUGAUUGGCAAGAGAAUGACGAAGCAAAUUUGACUUCGGCUUUGCACGAGUUGACAGUAUCCGAGGAUCAAGAGGAAGGUGCUGACACUGCGGAGAGCUCGGACGACCGACCAAAGAAAUAUACAAGCUGGGCAGCCAUGCUGAGAGAAUCGACGACUAGAAGUUAG